AUGCUGUGGAAAACGACUAUCUACCUUUCAUUACCCAUGUGCAAAGUCCAAGCUGGGAACCUCCAACGACAUCCUUCACCCGUUGCCGUCCUUUCAACCUUCAACGCCACAGGAUUUCAAGAGCACAUGGCGGUGGUGUUUAUUCAACAACCUGCACAUGACUUGUUUAUAGUGGUCAUUUCUUGUACAGCACAAUGCACACUCUCUCCAUCCAAACAGCAUAGGCGCUUUUUCUCCUCUUUCUUCUUUUUCUCAUUCUUCAUCUUGCUUUAUUUUAUCACCCUGCCCUUCCUUCCUUCCUUCCUUCCUUCCUUCCUUCCUUCCUUCCUUCUAUUGGAUCAUAAUCAUCAUUAUCUUCUUCUUCUUCUUCUUCUUCUUCUUCUUCUUCUUCUUCUUCUUCAGUCUAUUUAUUCCCACUUAUUUUCUUCUUCUUCUUCUUCUUCUUUUUCUUCUUCUUCUUCUUCUUCUUCUAGUGUUCCUCCUCCUCCUCCUUCUUCUUCUUCUUCUUCUAGUUUUUUUCUUCCUCCUCUUCUGUUUAUUAUCAUAUUUCUCUUUGACUUUUUGCCUUCUUUCUUUGUCUCUUUUUUCUUUUUUUCUUUGUUUCUUUCUUUUUUGAUUCUUUCUUUCUUCUAA